GAGUCUGAUGAUAGAUAUGAAAUGCCAUGCAAGUUGGCUAUGUAUGAUUUCAACCAAUGUGAUCCAAAACGAUGUUCGGGAAGGAAGCUGUUACGAGCUGGAUUAAUUACUGAAGUACGGCUUGGUAGUCGUUUCCCCGGACUUGUCCUGAGCCCUACAGGUACGGCAACGUUAGCGCCUUCCGAUCGUGACUUCAUAGAACAGUAUGGGUUGGGAGUGGUUGACUGCUCUUGGAAAGAGGUUGAACGAACUCCACUUCAUAAGGUGAAGGCACCUGAGCAUCGUCUCCUGCCGUACUUGGUGGCAGCUAAUUCGGUGAAUUAUGGGCGCCCAUGUCAUCUCACUUGCGCAGAGGCCUUAGCAGCAGGUCUGUAUAUUAUCGGUCAUGCUCGGGCUGCUCAAGAAUUAAUGAAACAGUUCACUUGGGGACCACACUUCAUCGACUUGAACCGCGAGCUGCUGGACAACUAUGCGAGUUGUGGUACGCCUGAGGAGGUCAUUCAAAGGCAAACCGAGUAUCUGAAUCGAAUAGAAAAAGAAGCAGAGGAGACCCGAAAUAGAGGAGUUGACUUACCUCCCAGUGAAAGUGAUUCGGAUGUUGACGAAGAAAAACAUCAGUUCGAAGCCGGUUUUGAUUACGAAAUUCAGACUGAAGGAGUGCGACAAGGUGCUGAGGCCCGAGUUUACAUAUGCACCUAUCUUGGCAGACCAGCAAUAAUGAAAGAGCGUUUUGUCAAAAAGUAUCGCCAUCCGGACCUCGACCGAACGUUGAACAAAGCAAGAAUGCGCAACGAACUCAAAGGAUUAGUCAGGGCACAUGAGCUGGGAGUCGGGGCACCUGCUGUGUUUUUCAUUGAUAGCGACAAUAAUCGGAUAAUAAUGGAGCGAAUUGAAGGCCCUACAGCAAAUUCAUGGAUUGAAUCAAAACGAGAAGAAGAGAAUGGUUCGGAUAAAUUUGUGGCAGAAACGCUGCAGCUUGGAAAAAUCAUUGGUGAAGCCAUAGGCAAAAUGCAUUUCAGUAAUUUGGUUCAUGGUGAUCUUACGACAUCUAACAUCAUACUGAAAGAUGGUGAUCCAAAGCGACCUUAUUUUAUCGAUUUUGGAUUAUGUGCUCUUGGAAAGGUGUUAGCGGAAGACAAAGGAGUGGAUCUUUAUGUUCUGGAAAGAGCAAUGAUCAGCACUCAUAUAGACUCUGAGAAGAUGUUUGACAGUGUUCUGGAGGGCUACAAAAGCGUUAAUGAGAAACAGGGAGCUGCAGUGAUCAAGCGUUCCUAUCAAAUGAAUAUGAAAGGCCAUGGGGAUCACAGCAAAGGUGGGAAUUCGCCGUGUGGACUUCUUAGUGGCAGAAUGUACCUUACAAAGGUAAUCAUGGUAGUGCAUUCAGAAAGAAGAAUUGAGAUUUUAUUUGUUCAGGUCGCUGGGUUGUCAAGAGAGUUCAACGUCGGCACUUAUCAUCUCAGCGAUAUUCUUCAAAUCAUUCGCCCACAGCUCUCCAUUCACUUCAAUUUUAUGAUUGAUCUCGAGUGGCUUAUACAGCAAUACCCAGUACCAUGCAGAGAUUCCCCGAUCCAGUGCGUUGUCGGUGAAAAGAUGGGGACAGACAAAAGAUCUUUGUUGAGGGACGUGUCCUCUCUGAACUUGAAACAAGUCUCCGUGUUGGGUGCUCCGUUACCUAUCCCAUUUGGGACACAUCAUACGAAAUUAUCCAUAUUUGACUGUGAGGAUAAACUGCAUGUGAUUGUAUCAACAGCCAACCUCAUCGAAGGUGACUGGCAGGAAAAAACGCAGUGUUUCUACUACGCUUGUGGGACAGCUCUCGCAGCAAGAGCUAUCUUCAUUAUCCAAAACAAUUUAAAAAUUUUUAGUUCAACAAACGAAAGCGUAUUUGCCAACGAUUUGUGUGCGUACCUCGAAGAAUAUCGUUUACCGGAUAUCAGCUUUUGGAUUGAUCGAAUUCGUAAUAGCGAUUUUAGUGGUGUUUCUGAUCGCCUAGUGUUUUCUGUUCCCGGUUAUCAUCAACAUGAUAAGUUAACCAAGUUUGGCCACCCAUCGCUUGCUCGCCUACUCCGAGAUCAGCCUGUUCCGGACAGCGACAGUCGGCGUCUUCUCCUUGCCCAGUGCAGCUCUAUAGGGUCUCUUGGCGAUAAAAAGGAGGCAUGGCUCUUCUCACAGUUUUUACGAUCUCUUCAAGGAGGGCGUGAAUCUCAUUCAUCACGGCUUUUCCUCAUCUAUCCAUGUGUAGAAGAUGUAAGAAACUCAUUGGAAGGGUACAACGCUGGGGACUCUUUACCAUAUCAGGAUGCAACAGCGAAACGACAGCCGUGGUUGAGAGAGUUAAUGUGUAAAUGGCGAAGUGCAGCCAAAGGACGCAGUAGCGCGAUGCCCCACGUCAAGACUUAUACUGAUAUUGUGGAUGGUGUACCGCAAUGGAUCCUUGUUACCAGUGCUAACCUUUCAAAAGCAGCAUGGGGUGAUCUUCAGAAAAACAAAACGCAACUGAUGGUGCGUUCAUAUGAACUUGGCGUACUCAUAACGGACCCUGAGCGAGUGAAUCUGCCGUACGAUUAUCCCGUUGCAAACUUAUUCCGUGGGUCCACGGACUCCGAGAAGGACGCCAAGAUUUUAUCCUAUGGCGACGUUGUUUUAUACAAUUCCGAUUUGUAUACAUUAAACCCUGGAAUGUGGCUUAAUGACAACAUUAUAUCUUUCGCUAGCGAAUAUCUCUUAUCGAAGGCGUCACAGGACGUAAAAGAACAAGUGGCUAUAGUGAGUGCAGCGUCGUGUGAACUUAUCAGACAUUCCGGUGAUAUGGAGAUUGUUCGAGAAGUUUUCUUCUCGUUAGAAUUUUUCAAAAGGGAGAAGGUUCUCUUCAUACUAAACGAUCGUGACGACCCAACUAUUGUUGGUGGAAAUCACUGGUCGUUACUUGUUUUUGAUCGAGGAAGUGCACGUUUUGAAUAUUAUGACAGCAUGCGACCAGCAAAAGAAGCUGUUGCGAAACAGCUUGUAAAUAUAAUCAAACCUGUCCUUGGUACCAAAGAAGUGUCUUUUGUGAUUGUCGAUUGCCCUCAGCAGCGUAACAGUCACGAUUGCGGAAUGUAUGUCAUUGAAUUUGUUAAGCACGAACUAAAGUUAUCGAACGAAUCCUUCUCAUUGGGUAUCUGCAGUAGCUAUAUAGAAUCUGAGCGGCGGAAAUGGCAGGAUACUAUUCUUUCCUUGUCCAAGGCUCAAUAA